AACACAUUGAGCAUGCGUACGACACUGGCGUAAUGGAGGUCUAUCUUCCUUGACCACGGUGAUUUGUUAACAAAUCGUCUUCUGAUUUUAAAGAUUUGGAGCGAGCAUUCAGUCAUUACUUGGUCGGCUUUUGAUGAACGUUGUGCUUUAAUAACUAUAGGGGGCGACAGGUGUUCGUCUGUACCAAAACGAUUUAGUGUUUGCAGAUCAGAGCAACUCUUCUUUGAGGAUGGCGACAGACACUGCGUCCCAGCAGACUCCUGGCUCCAGGAUUAUGACCUUUCACCCUACCAAGGAAGAGUUUAAGGACUUCAGCCGUUACAUCGCCUACAUGGAGUCACAGGGAGCACACCUAGCUGGAAUGGCUAAGGUUAUUCCACCGAAAGACUGGAAGCCUAGACAUACUUAUGAUGACAUAGAUGACCUGGUGAUCCCUGCUCCUAUACAGCAGGUGGUGACUGGCCAGUCAGGUCUCUUCACACAGUACAACAUCCAGAAGAAACCCAUGACUGUCCGAGAGUUCCGCAAGACGGCCAACACAGACAAGUUCUGUAAUCCCCGCUAUGUGGAUUUUGAGGAGCUGGAGAGAAAGUUCUGGAAGAACCUGACUUUUAACCCGCCUCUCUAUGGAGCAGAUAUCAACGGAACCCUCUACGACCCAGAUGUGACAGAGUGGAACAUUGGUCAUCUGAACACUAUCCUGGACACUGUGGAGAGGGAGAGUGGGAUCAAGAUAAAGGGAGUGAACACUCCUUACCUCUAUUUUGGCAUGUGGAAAAGCACCUUUGCCUGGCACACUGAAGAUAUGGAUCUCUACAGCAUCAACUACCUGCACUUUGGAGAGCCCAAGUCCUGGUAUGUUGUUCCCCCUGAACAUGGGAAGAGAUUGGAACGUCUUGCUAAAGGGUUCUUUCCUGGGAGUGCUCAGAGCUGUGAAGCUUUCCUGCGGCAUAAGAUGACUCUUAUCUCACCCUCCAUCCUGAAGAAAUAUGGCAUACCGUUUGAGAAGAUAACCCAGGAGGCAGGCCAGUUCAUAGUGACCUUCCCAUUCGGUUACCACGCUGGUUUCAACCACGGCUUCAACUGUGCUGAAUCCACUAACUUUGCCACACAGCGAUGGAUCGAUUAUGGCAAAAUAGCCACACUGUGCUCGUGUCGUAAGGACAUGGUGAAGAUCUCCAUGGAGAUCUUUGUGAGGAAGUUCCAACCAGACCGCUACAAGGCCUGGAAGGCAGGGAAGGACAACACUCCUAUUGACCACUCCAAGCCCACGCCAGAGGCUGCUGACUUCCUGAAGACAGGGGAGCCUGGGAAGGAGGGUCCAAGCCGCAGCGAUGCCCCUGACCAGGAGAAUACCCCAUGCACCACCACUCAGGAGGAGAAGAGCCCGAAGGUUGGGAAAAAGCGCCAGCGAGGAGGAGAUGUGGAGGCAGCAGAGGAUGGAGACACAGAGCAGGUUGAGGAAGAGGAGAAGGAGGAGAGAGAGGUGGACCAGAAGAAAGCAAAGCUUGGCCAGGAGGUGAAGGGACACAGUCUGGCACACAAAGUGCUAAAGGCAGAGGAUGUUAAAAAAGAGCGAACAAAGCCACCACUCAACGCAAAGACCAACCGAAACACAAACGCCAGCCGAAAGCUAGCACUUCAGAUGAAAGCCAAAAUCUCUCUUAAAUCCACUCCAAUUAAGUCUCAGCCACAGACUAACAGUCAGUCAACCCAACCAGCGGCCCCAGAACCCUCCCCCAGAGCUCAGAGAAGGCCGGCCCCAGUCAGGAUGUGAAGCCUCCAGCCAGCAGCUCCAGCCCUUCCCACCCAGCCAGCAGCUGCAGCCCUGUCCACCCAGCCAGCAGCUCCAGCCCUUCCCACCCAGUCAGCAGCUCCAGCCCUGUCCACCAGCUCUUUCAGAGAACCCUGUGCCCUGCAGACGUGCUGCACGUCCACAGCUACGCCAAGGGAGACUACAGCGAGGGAGAGACCAGGGAGGGCAAGGAGGAGAGGAGGAACGAUAGUAGUGAUAGUGAAGGAGAGGAACUGGAUGACAGCAAG